UGUCACAGGUUCUGUCAAAUCACAACAAAUUGAUUUGUCCUCACGAUGCGUUUCGUGUCUUUGCUGUGAUUAUUUUGUGUUGAAAAACGCAAAAUACUCAAACAGCAUGAAUUUGCACCAGAUAGUCAGCGGUGCUUGCAAUGCUGGCGAUAAAUGCUUCGCUGUGGGGAGCGUCGAGGGUGUACCUUUUACGGCUUAUGCUGCGGGCUGCAAUAUCGUGAUCCUUGCUUCGACUUUCGAGCGAGUUCAGAUCAUCCCAGGGGCCGUUCAUGAUUAUAUUCGGAUUAGUUCAAUUGAUUGUUCGAGUGACACGGGGAAGAUUGCUGCCGCUUAUGAGAACACUGUGUGCAUUUAUGAGCCCACGCCUCUCAUUCAUAACACUUCGAGACAUGGGUUGGAUUAUAGGUGGGUUCAAACUGGUACGCUGAAAACGGACUCUUUAAUUAGGGCCUUGAGCUGGAAUUUGGAAGGCACGAGAUUGUUAACGGCAGGGUCUCAUGUGCAGCUUUGGCAUCUUAAUUCACACCCCAUUAUUGAGGAAAAAACAAAUGUUACGUUUACUCUUGGGGGUGAAAAUGCUGAUGGGAGUGAUUCCAUGGAUUAUGCUGAUGAGCCCGAUAAACCCCAAGAACAAGAGCAGACUUGUUGGCAAUGUGUCUGGAAAGCAAACACAGCUAUUCCCGUGCAACACUUAGCUUUCAGUCCUGAUGGCACUUUAUUUGCUACUUGUGGUGAAAACGAUAGACUUGUGAAAAUUUGGUAUGAAAAUAAACACUGUGAGUUUAAAAAAAAUCCCCUCAGUAUAAUACUAAACAGUAAAAUUUCAGUUUUAUUCACAUCUAAAAGUACUGACGGUCCUACGGAAUUAGAAUACGGUUUUGUGUAUAUUGCUCAUCCUCGAGCUGUCACUCAUUUGUCAUGGCGAACAACAAGCAAAUACAUGCCGAAAGGAUCCGUUUCAAAUAUGCUUGUGACAUCUUGCAAAGACAAUAUCUGCCGUCUUUGGGUCGAAACAGUACUACCAGAAGAUGGUCUAGUCAAUUUAUCACAACUUGAUCCUCAAGCAAAUCAUCCGAAAUUCCGGACGCAUCGUCACAAACACAGAUUCAUGCAAAGAUUGAAACAUAUGAAAACAUGUUUCCAUAUUCGGCGACACGCCAAAAGACAAGCGCAAGGAGUUGGGGGACCCUCCCCUCCAAUACCCACUCUACCAUCGACUUAUAGCGUACAUGAUUUCCAUUCCUAUGGGUACCAUGGAACAGGUGUAACACCUGGACUUCAUUUUCAUUUGGCUGCUUCUGUAAAUGCCGAAACUGAUAUUCCAUUGGUACCAAGUAUCAGUUUUUGUAACCCACGACCGGCUUUUGUUCUUCAUUGGUUAGAUAACAAAGAAAUGCAUUUUAAUAUGCAAGCUGAAUCGUUACUAGAAGAGCUAACAAGACGAGUUGUUGAAAAUCCCGAAGGAACUGAACCAGUCGAAGAACCACUUAUGGAAUCCAAUGGUUCUGAUAGUUUAGAUGCUCGGAUUGAAACCUUGCUUAGAGAUUGGCACCACAGUCCAGAUUUAUUGUUUAGUAUACAUCCAGUAGAUGGCAGUUUCUUAAUUUGGGUGGUUGAAUGGUUGGAUGAGUACCAUCCAGGAUCGUUCCGUCAAGCACAAGUGUCAUUUUCAACCCGAAUUCCGUCAGCGUUUCCUCUUGGCGACUCGAUGAGUAUGUCAACAACGGUGAGUUUGUACAGUGCUGCCCCCAUCAUCAAGCAUCUAGUCAAAGACGUGGUUCAUCGUGACGGUCCUGGUUUAGCCAGUGUUAAAGAAGAAGACGAAAGUAACCCCAAUGCUGAAGUAGAACCAACACAAGAAGAACAAAACGAAUCAGCUGUUGUUUCCUUAGUCACCAAACACGAUAAUGGAACCUUGAAUCUUUGGGAAUUAACUUUCGCCGAUCAGAGUAAAUUCAGUCAAGUUUUGAGUAUUGGUCACAGAAGUAGGGCUUCAGGACACCGAUUUAGAGUCAACGAUAUCACAUGUCAUCCAGUCUUACCUUUACUCCUCACUACAAGUCAUCACAAUAUAAUUGAGCAGAAUAAAAAUCAACAGAGUAGGGGUUUCUGUAGUGAGUUGAUUUUGUGGAAAGUUGACGCUGUUGGGCCAUUAUCAAAAUCGGGGGGUAUUUGCGAGCUUGCUCGUAUUAGUUCACCUGAACCGUCAGCGUUCAGUAAUGUUGCAUGGAUUCCGACUUUGCUGCCAUCUAGUACUUUGGGGAAUUUUUCAAAUUCACCAAGUGCUUGUUUCGUGGCUUCCGAUGGUGAAUGUUUGAGAGUGUAUCAAGCUGUGAUUGAUGCACGCACACUUUUGGCCGAUUUGUCAUUUCGAGAACGACGCGAGGUUGAUGAAAAUGAAAGUAUAUCGGAUUUAUCCUCCUUCAAUCAAGAGAGCUUAUUGGAAAACAUUAAUAUAGUAUCACAGCAGAGUACUUCACGACCUGGGUGUAUAAUCCAAUUGGAGACAAUCUCUCAAGCCAUUCAAUGGCAAAACACUACGUUUUUACACGUGUAUCAGGAACAGUUGAUCACUGGUCAACGAAGCACUCCUGCGAGUCUUUCAGCUCAUGAUGCCAUGGUCGACUUACAGCAAAAUGCAGUCUUUGAAGAACCAUUCUAUAUAGUUUUGUUGGAUUGCACCGAUCAAAACACAAUUAUACACAUGUGGAAACUAACAAUUGCAUCGAAUGAAGUUGAUUGUUCCUUGACUGGGAGUCAAAUGUAUGUUCCUGAUUGUAAUCUAGUCCAAGACGAGAAUGAUAUGUCUCGAAAAAACAGUAUGGAAUCUUUGCAUAUUAAACAAGCGAAAGUUAGUCCACAUAUUAAUAUUACUGUGACGAGAGAAGUUAAACAAAUUCUUCCAAUACCUGAUGGUGUUGAGAUUGUUCAUGCUGCUCCAGCGGCCGGGCAUUUGAGUUCAGCGUCGAUUUAUCCGGCUUGUUUAGCGCCGUAUUGUUUUACGACAGCGUGCAGUGAUGGGGUUAUUAGAUUUUGGACGGUUACGAGCAAUCCACAUGAAGUUAAAAGUAUGAAGGAGUAUUUGUUGGAGGAGGAUGGGAUGGUGGUCAAUACAGGAAAGGUUUGGACUGAGUGGAACAUGUUGAAAGAGUCGGCGAUAGAGAUCGAAGGCCAAGUCCUGAACAUAAGUGUUGCCUAUUCAGGCCGUUUAGCUUGUGCUUACAAGUACGGUAAAAGCUUCACUCGGCCCAAUAAAAACGAUCCAGAUUCACGUUUCAUCAACUUAUGCGUGGCAAUUUACGAAUGCGAGUCAACCGGAGGUACAGAAUGGGUAUUAGAGGACAUAAUCCACUUGAAAAAUAUCCAUUUACCUCGAAUUAACAUCGAUCGACAUCUCGAUUUAAGUUACUUGUAUGAUUCACGCACUUUGAAGAAAAAACAACGCAUCAAUGAAGUUUUACACACUUUUUCAAACGACGAUAGACAAACUCUCAGUACUGAUUCACACAUUAAACCGACUUUAUUAGCAGUACCGAGUUUCACCACUUUACAAUCUUUGCGAAAGUCUAUAUCAGAAAUGGGCAAUAUUUGCCCACUUACCCAGAAACACAUAGUCCAAUUGGAUUGGGUAUCGAACGAGGACGGCUCACAUAUACUCACCGUGGCUUGUGGUAGCAAAAUAAUGCUGUAUACACCUCUCUCGACCGAUUUAGCACAAGCAAAUGUCAAAGCCAUGAAAGAAUCGAUCAAUAAUUAUCGCCCGAUUUUGCGAAAAGCCAGUUCUUUGGCUCAACCUCUUUUCGUCGACGAUUUCAAAUGGAUGACUUUGCGUAAAAUCGAGUUACAAACGGCCGAUGGACUCCCAGCCCUUCCGAUGCAAAUCAGUUGGGUGCGCGAUGGUAUCCUCGUGGUAGGAAUGGACUCUGAGAUGCACGUCUACACCCAAUGGAGGCCCCAAGACCAGUCUCUUCAACCCAUGGAUAUCAGCGAGCCUGAUGGUAAAAACGGACGUGAUGUCGAUUUCCGGACUCUCACUCAAGAAAAUCAACGAAAAUUGGCCGCAAUUCCCACCUUGGGUCGCAUCAGUUCGGUUAAUUUACAAAUUCUUGACCGGAAACGGGCAAAUAAAGAGGCAAAUCUCGAUUAUAUGCCUGAUUAUGGUUUGUUUGAGGCAUCGCGAAUUGCAUGCCCUGUCCUGCCCCAAUACCAUCCGAAACAAUUGAUGGAGUUGCUCAAUUCGGGUAAAAUUCGAUGGGUGAAGGCUAUUUUAGCCCAUUUGGUUAAGUGUGUCGGUGGUAAUCAGGAAACACCCGAAGAGAUGCAAGGCUGGGCAAGGGCUAGAACCUUAUCGGUGAGUUACCCAGCUGGUAGUCCCGAACAUAGGGCUAGUAUUGGAGAAAUUGCUUUGGAUUAUGACGAGAUUAAUAAUAUUCCACCGCUGCCAUUGUGGACACUUUUGGCCGCUGAUAAGGAACAAGCAGGACCACAAGAAGAAGAAAAGAAUUACAACGAGUUGUUUGAUAGUAGUUUAGGAAUGGAAGAAUCGUUGGAUACACUUUUGGAAGAUAAGGAAAUGUCGAGGAUGGAUAGGAGACAGUCAGAACGUAAUAUAGGCAUUACACAUUUUACUCCAAAACAAGGGAGGGUUUUAUCACGACUUUUAACACAUAUGCAUCUUCCCGGAUUGUCGAGUCUUGAUCAAAUGCAUCUUCUGGCUUUAGCUGACACGGUCUCGACUUGUAACACCGAUUUAGCUGAAAGAUUUGCGAUAGAUUCAGCAAAAUCAGCAAUGGCGAAAGAGAAUCUUGUUGGACAGUCUGAUGAAAUUAUCACCGAUAGUUUGGAUGAUUGUGGACUCAGAUUUUUGCUGGCAAUGAAGCAUUAUGGAUAUCUAUUGAGAUGUCUUCCCUUGGCUCAAAGAACGCAAUUUCAAAAACAAGGCGUCGGUACUAACAACCUAGCCUGGGCUUAUCACUCCGAAAGUCAAGACGAGCUAUUAAAUUUGAUUCCAAGUUACGCAAAAGGUGAACCAACUUGGAACCAAUUGCGUGAACUUGGUGUAGGUUGGUGGAUCCGGAAUUUGUCAUUGUUGAAACAAUGUGUUCAAGUAUUAGCAAAAGCGGCUUAUCAAGUCAAACAGGAUCCUAUGGACGCUGCUUUGUAUUAUUUAGCAAUGAAUAAGAAGAGUUUACUUUGGGGUUUAUACAGGUCAAAACGCGACGAUAGAAUGACACAAUUUUUCGCAAAUAAUUUCUCAGAGGAUCGAUGGCGGAAAGCAGCUCUUAAAAACGCCUAUGCUUUACUGGGAAAACAAAGAUUCGAACAUGCAGCUGCAUUUUUCUUACUCGCUGGUAAUCUGAAAGAUGCCACCGAGGUGUGUUUACAAAAAUUGCACGAUCUCCAACUUGCCCUAGUGAUUGUGCGUCUCUACGAAGGCGAUGGUGAUUGUUUCAAGAAGUUGUUGUAUCAGGAGAUUUUGGGUUGCGAUUCUGAUGGUUCAAAUGAGGAUAUAACUAAAGCACACCCAGAUCCCUUUUUACGUUCGAUGGCUUACUGGUCUUUGAAGGAACACCAAGCGGCUUUGAGCACUCUUCUUAUCGGUAAUGCAGGCACCCAACACCACACACAUGAAGACGAAGCUAGAGAAACCAAAGAAGCCGAUCCGAAUGUUUUCAAUUUUUAUGUUUAUUUAAGAACGCAUCCAUUACUUGUAAGACAACACAUGGCGAAUUGUGGUCAAAAGAAGGCUUGGCUUCCUGGGGGUAAACAAGUGGUAGUCGAGGAAUCGAUCACACCUUUGGAAAGACAAUUGUAUUUUGCUACGGCGCAUGGACACUUUAGGGCAGGUUGUCCCGCUCUUGCUUUAGAGGUUUUGUCAAAACUUCCCUAUAUUGUGACAGAAAAUAAACAAAUGACUCCUUUGGUGUCGCCGAAAGUAAAUGAAACAAAGACUGAAAUUGACACUGGGAUUAUUUCAUGGGAGAGUGGUCAACAGACAGGCGAUACGUUCGAUUGGGGAGCGACUUUGUCUGAUUUUAAAACGAAAACUGAUGAUUUGGACUUGAAGUGGAGUGAUGAUGAAAAGGAUUCGGAAACUUCAGAUGAAGGACUUAAAAUGAAGUGUGACAGUAAAGAUGAAGCAGAUGAGGAAAGUGACGAAGCGGUCACUCAACAUAUUGAUAUUAUGGCACAACAACUGAAAUUUGUCGCCUGUUUGAAAAUUCUCAUGGAGGAGUUGUCCACGCUAGCGACCGGAUUCGAAGUGGAUGGGGGGCAGUUGCGCUACCAGCUGUACAUCUGGUUGGAGCGCGAAGUGGAAGCUUUAAGACAAUUGUGUAAUUACUCAACCACCGAUAUUGUCGAACCUUUAGACCUAGAAUCGUCACCGGAAAUGGAAAAUUCUGUCACUGAAGCUGGAACAAGACCCACAUUACACGAAAUCCUUGUCCAAGAGAAGUUAGAUUUUGAGGCUAAAGUGCAACGAGCUGCCAAAAGAAAGAGAUGGCUUAGAGCCAAUGAAACUCUUUUGAGAACUUUACUUAGCUACUGUUCGUUGCAUGGUGCAACCGGUGGUUUAGCUUCCGUACGCAUGGAACUAGUUCUUCUAUUACAAGAACUGCAACAAGAGAAAACCCAUCAACAGUUGUUGAGUCCUCUUCCAUUCCCUACCAGUUUACCACUUCUUGCAGCCAGUGUUGCCAGUAGUAAAACAGUGAUUGCUGAUCCGAUUCGCUAUCUGCAAUGUCUUAUUCACGAUAUGUUGGAAACUGUACUAAAAACGCGCUUAACUUUUCUUUUUUUAAGUCAUUGUUUCCAGAUUGUUGAACUUCCAAGACCCAACACUUACCAAAGCCAACUUACAGUUCUCCGAGACUUGGCUAUAGCAUUAUCGGCGUGCAUUUAUCAAUCUUUGUGUGAUUCAGAUACUUUCAAAAGUAAUCUACCUGAUAGUCAAGAAGUUUGUUCCACGCAUUUAGUCGGAAGAAGGAGACGAGUUUCAGUCAAUGACGGUCAACAAAUCAUCACUUUACCACCUAAAUGGCCCGGUGUGACAAGUCUACGGGCUUUAUUAGCUCGAGAAAAAGACGAAGACACUCCAAGAUUGACAGUGAUAUUAUGUGAGGCCUUCUCAGCGACGUAUUUAGCACUUGUUUUGUACGGUUUGAGCACCUGCGACUGUGUUAUUCUAUUCCAUGUAACAGCACAUGUUUUCAAUCAGGAUGUGUGGGGACAGUUAUUCGGUGGGGGUAUUAAGAAGUUGCUUAGGACCGCAAGUAUCGGUGGAGUUCAACCGAAUACUGCUCCCCCAGGUUCGCAAAGUACCCAAGCAACGCCAACUGAAGAAAUGACCGGUCCUGCAAACUGGUUAAAUAAGCAAAGAGUUAAGUUGAAUACAAAACUCCUCGGACAUCAACCAUCGCAAAUGAAGGAGGAUAAGCCAACUUAUCGCGAACAAUUUGUGCCACCUGAAAUGAGUAUUCUCGCUUAUUUAUUGACUAAACCUGACGCCGGCCCUGAUUGUGAUGAAAUCGAGAGUGAAUCAGAGAGUGAAGACGAGGAUGUUUUCGAUAUGCCGACUCAAAGUGUUCGAGUUGUAAACAAUGAACAUUCGGAUCCAAAUUCGUACUCGUGGCUUGUUUUGAAAUUGGCAACGUUGAAAAUAGUCCAAACGCGAUUGACCGAAUUCCUAUCAGUGGCGGGCUUGGAACUUAACGAGCUCCCUGUGGCGAGCCCUCUGAUACAUUCCUCUCUACGACGCUUAACAAACUGGCAGGAGAAUUUGCGAAAAGAGUUAGAUUGUCGACAAGCACCUCCCGAAUAUAUUCCAGGAUGCUUUGUCGAAAACACCACAGGACCACCAAUUCAGAAAUACAGACAAUUGCUGGAACCUCACAACACUCCAUUUAGUAACAAAAGCGCCGCAAGUACAGCUCGACGUUUGUGGACUUAUCUGGUCCAUCAGGAGUCAGUGCAGGACAUUUUUAUUCGGGCUGUUUUCGGUAAACGAAGAUCAUUGAGUGCUUUGGAGGAAGAGUUACCGCAUCCUGAACCUGCCGCCCCCGAACCUGUUCGCAUCAUCCACAAAGAGCAGGACUCUAUUGCCGCCUUCAGCCUCAAUCAAGUCAACUCCGGUUUGAUUGUGGUGGCGACUCCGCGCGAAUUGCAAGAAAUGGACAUUUCCCUGUUGUUGGAACUCCCAGCAUGGUUGGAAGAUGAAUGCGAGUUGGAUAUCUUGAACUUGACUAAAGACGUUCCCGAUCCCAGUGUUCCUCCCUUCUUGGUGAUCCAGAGCGCUGGUGAUCGAACAAAAGACACGCAACCUGGUAGCCCCCAACCCGGUGGUAGUCAAAGCGGGCGCGGCACUAGUGUGAUGAAGGGUCUAAGCUUCCCGGGCUGUCACGAUGCCAAUUUUGUCCAUCUCGUUCUGCUUCGGUCGGCGCACAUGCUUCGACCGGUAUUGAAACACAAAAUUGAUGGAGUACGUCGAAUCAGUGCCCAUCCUCUUCUUCCCCUAUACUUAACCGGUGGUCAAGAUGGCUCAGUCCAAUUGUGGGAAUGGGGCCACCAACAACCGGUGGCGACCCCUAGACCAGCAGGGACUUACGCUAAAGUCACCAGAGUGAGGUUUUCGCAACACGGUAACAAAUUCGGUGUUGCUGAUUCCGACGGAAAUUUGAGUUUAUUCCAAGUCGGGUUAAGUGUCAACGCGACUCGACCAUUUUUCACCCUCCAAUGCCAUAAUAAAGGUAUCAGCGAUUUUGUUUUUCUCGGAUCUUGCAGCUUGCUUGCGACUGCUGGUCAUAGUUCUGAAAGUAAGAACGUUUGUAUUUGGGACUCGAUUUUGCCUCAUGGUAAAGCUUUGGUGGUGGCGUUCACUUGCCACGACCAAGGGGCUAGCAGUCUCGUUUUCGCCCCCCAACACCAAGUGCUUAUUUCGGCUGGUAAAAGGGGCGAUGUUUGUUUYAUCGAUGUGCGAUCGAAAACGAUUCGACACAAYUUCACGGCMCAUGAAAGUGCCGUCAAGUGCAUUGCGAUUGAUCCCCAUGAAGAGUACUUCGCAACGGGGUCGGCAGAUGGCGAUAUAAAGAUAUGGGGAGUUGCAGUACCCAAUGUUUUGCUGUCUUUACCGACUGAGCACGCGAGGAGUAGCUUUUUUAAGAAUAUUGGACAAGGAGUUACACAAUUGCAUAUUGAUUCUCAUGCACGGCUUUUCUCUUGUGGCGCUGAUGGCAGUAUGAAAGUCCGUCAGUUGCCCGAUAGGGAAACUUUGCUUAUUUACAGCCAUCAUUAGUUUUGCCUAAAAUUUUAGAUAGUCGCCGUUUUAUUAUAAUUAAUUGAUAUUUUUAUGGCUUGUUAUUUGACUGUUAUGUCAGUUCCCAUUUUUUUGUUGAGUCUUGUCGAAAUUGCUAUCAUGUAACAUUAUAUUGUUAUCAAUGUGAUUAUAAAGGUUUAAAAUGAAACUGUUGUAUUUUAGAUGUAUUUGUUUAGAAUAAAUAUUUCGUUUGAA